UUUACUUUAAGUACAGUGUUGCUGUAGAUUGAAUGGGAAUUUCAAUCUCUUUGUUUAAUUUAAAGGCAUAUCAUUUCCUCGCAGAUUUCAAUUCAUUGCAAUUCCAAUAUUAUAAUCUUCGAACGUUGUUUUAAACAGCAGUUAAAGGAAAUAAAAUAACAAGUAAAAUGGCGUGGACAAAGUACCAAAAGUUCCUGGCACUCAUGAUGGUGGUGACAGGUUCCAUCAACUCACUUAGUACAAAAUGGGCUGAUAAAAUGGAGUCAAAAAACUCAGUUGGUGAAGUAAAAAAGUUUGUACAUCCAUUCUUGCAGGCAUCCGCUAUGUUCCUUGGUGAGAUGCUAUGUCUGCUGACAUUCAAAAUAGUCUACUGGAUAAAUCGGAAUGAAGAUAACCCACAGAACACGCUGAUCCAAGGAAACCAGAACUUCAACCCUUUUAUACUAAUGCCAGCGGCCAUGUUUGAUUUGGUUGCAACAUCAAUAAUGUACAUUGGGCUUAACUUGACAUACGUGAGCAGUUUCCAAAUGUUUCGCGGCUCCGUCAUAGUAUUUGUUGCAUUGCUCUCUUCAACUGUCCUCGGUAGAAUUAUCUCAAGGCGACAAGUACUUGGAAUUGUUAACGUGAUCAUCGGCCUCGCGAUUGUUGGCGUGACGGACGCCCUCUACCAGUCGGACGAGGCGAAAGGCAGAAAUAGUCUCAUCACGGGAGACCUCCUCAUCAUACUCGCCCAGGUCAUCACCGCUUGCCAGAUGGUCUACGAAGAGAAAUAUGUCUCCGGGUUGAACAUUCCGGCUUUACAAGCUGUGGGGUGGGAAGGGGUGUUUGGGUUCUCAGUUCUAUCGUCGCUGCUGGUCGUGUUCUACUGGAUACCCGCGCCUCCCCACUUCGACUCUAACCCGAGGGGCACGGUGGAAGACGUCAUAGACGGCCUUGUUCAGAUCGGUAACAACCCUCUGUUGCUGGUCGCCAUACUAGGAACUGUAGUAUCGAUCGCGUUCUUCAACUUCGCCGGCAUCAGUGUCACUAAGGAGAUGUCUGCUACCACCAGAAUGGUUCUGGAUUCCGUCAGGACCAUAGUGAUUUGGUCGGUGUCGCUCGCGGUGGCGUGGCAGGCCUUCCACUGGCAACACCUCAUCGGGUUCGCGAUACUGAUAUGCGGACUGUGCGCUUACAACGGUAUACUGCCGAGACCGUGUUGGCGCAAGACACAAACCGCCGAGGAUGAAGACAGAAUUAUCGACACCGAAGCGGUUGGACACGAGGAGCUCGCAUAGACCGUAUCAUAUUUUUCACUUUUAAUAGUCUUUUUAAUAGUUACGAUCGUUUUUUAUCAUAAUUCUUAUCGGUUUGUACUGAUUUUAGGAUUGUGCGCGUAAAAUUGUAUACCGCAAAGAUCGAUCGCGGUAAGACACAACCUGUCAGGCUUGUCGACACCGAAGUGGUUGGACAUGAACUCGCAUCGAACGUAUAAUAUUUCUCACAGAGUCCGUUUUGUCACUUUUAAUAGUUACGUUCCUUUUUGUCAUACUUCUCAUCGGUUUUUUUUUUAUUUUAAGAUUGUGCGCGUAAAAUUGUAUACCGCAAAGAUCGUGCUUCGGUAAGACACAACCUGUCAGGCUUGUCGACACCGAAGUGGUUGGACAUGAACUCGCAUCGAACGUAUAAUAUUUCUCACACAGUCCGUUUUGUCACUUUUAAUAGUUACGUUCCUUUUUGUAAUACAUCGGUUUUUUUUUUAUUUUAAGAUUGUGCGCGUAAAAUUGUAUACCGCAAAGAUCGUGCUUCGGUAAGACACAACCUGUCAGGCUUGUCGACACCGAAGUGGUUGGACAUGAACUCGCAUCGAACGUAUAAUAUUUCUCACACAGUCCGUUUUGUCACUUUUAAUAGUUACGUUCCUUUUUGUCAUACUUCUCAUCGGUUUUUUUUUUAUUUUAAGAUUGUGCGCGUAAAAUUGUAUACCGCAAAGAUCGUGCUUCGGUAAGACACAACCUGUCAGGCUUGUCGACACCGAAGUGGUUGGACAUGAACUCGCAUCGAACGUAUAAUAUUUCUCACACAGUCCGUUUUGUCACUUUUAAAAGUUCCGUUACUUUUUUUUUUAUAUUUCUUCGUCGGCUUUUUACUGAUUUGAGGAUUGUGUGCGAGCAACGAUAUUUUGAAAAAACUGUGCUUCGGUAAGACACUACCUGUAAGGAUUCUCGACACAGAAUCCGUUGGACACGAGGAUCUCGCAUAGACCGUAUCAUAUUACUCACAAGUCUUAAAAUUAAAAGUCAUUGUUUUUACCUAAUUAGUCUUGGGAAUGAAAUUACCAUGUCGAUUGGUCGCGGACUUUACUUCGCUCGAAUAUCACAUUUGCAAAAUGUGUCGCAACUGAGGCGAGUGGACUCAAUUUAUCCGUCAUUACUGUCACGCAACAAAUGGGUGUUUUGUCUAAAUGCGUCACAGAAAUUACGGAUAAAUGAUGACACGAGUUCUAUUUUUCUUCAAAAAGCCGAACUAUUCAUACGCUUCUAGCGGAUUACGCACGUGGCUUUAUUGUACCUGUGAAGUGUCACGUUUUACGUAAUUUUAUGUAUUUUGCGGGUAGUUCAAUCUUAUUAAUUUAUAAUCUUGAUAUGGGUUGGAACAGACUUAUCAGGACCAUAAAACUAGCAAUAUUAACCAAACGGUGCCUUAGACUGUAGUUGUUUUCCAUGUACUAACGGACUGACUAAAUAGACGGACAGAAACCCACUAAGGGUAGCAGUCAAAUAAACUGCACGUCUCUCAGUGAUCAGGUGAAAUAGAAGUCAAGCGUAAGUUAGCCUCUGAAUUAGAAAAGUUGUUUAAACUUAUCAUAUUAUAUAACUUCCAUUCAUUAUAAUGACCAACCGUUUAAUUUGACGAGUAUUUCUCCUUUGACAAUGCUGUUUCGGCUGUACACAGAUCUAGUUUUGUGAACACAACGUUACAUUUUUUUACUUUAUUCCCACGCAUGAGACAAAUUUAAUAAUACGCUUUGAAAUUUGUAUUCCUACCCAUUUAAACUGUAUCCAAAUAGUGGAGGAAACUAAGGGUUGAAAAUAUUUAUUAUCGUUUCGUUUUCGUUCAUAUAAAUUUAUUUGAAAACGGUAUGUCAAAUCUUUCACUGGUUUUUGGAUGAACGCACGGGUUGAGAGUUCGCUACCUGGCAAGUAUCGAAAUGGAAUAAAUGAGGUCAAUCAACCCAGUUAACUGGCACACAAGGAAACUGGUUGCAUUAACCAGUUUCCUUGUGUGCCUUGCAUGAUCUCAAUUAUUAGCAGGUCAAAACAACCUUAUUUUCCAAACUCAAUCCGCUAAUAUGAAUUGCUAUAUUUAGCUGAAGAGUUUGUUUUUGGUUAGAAUAAGCUAAUUUCUAGAAAUAGGCCUAAUUAGAAAACAUGUUUUGCAUUUUAUAACCCUAUUCUUGAGGGAAAAUAUAAGAUUUUAAAACAGUGGGAUGGAUUGGCGACGCGGCGCGUUCUGUCGGGGUUAUUGUGUUAAAUUACGUGUGAAAGUUUGUAUGGUAAAAAAAUUACUUAUUAGAAACUGUAAAACUUAGAACAGUCUUUCAAGAGAUUUCUGUACGACCGAAAUAGCACCACUAAGUUGGGUCAUUAUUUAUUAUAAGACAAAUUAUUGUGAUAUUUAAAUGAAUUUCUAUUAAUAAAUAAAUAUAUGUACCAAUAUAAUUAAAUUUCGAUUUAAGUGAUUGAAAAGAUAACGAUUAAUGAACAUUCUUAUUUUAAUAAAUGGAUUAUAAUAUGUAA